AGGGGUGAAAAUAAACAUGGCUGAUACGGAGUUCGAGGAAUUUAGGCAUAGUUUUGAGAAAUUACCAUCGCACACAAAAACAACUGCACCCUUUUAUUCCCUCGUUCAUGAUGUCGCUGUCGACGAAGACUCGCCUACGUCUUCCAAGAGUGACCUAGACAAUUACUGUGAUAUCAACGGAGAUGGUUUGGACAGCAACACCAGCGAACCUCUUUCGUUCGGUAGUAAAAAAGACAGUGCAAUCACAGUCGGCGCAUCUACGUCGAUACCUUGGUGUGGCGAAAGGAGACGUAGAAAACUUCCUGAGAUUCCUAAAAAUAAAAAAUCUGCUGUAGUUACAAUGUACAACGCUCAAUUACAGUUAUCCAGAGAAAUGUCUCUGGCUGACGAACUAGGAAGUAGCAACAGUGGACCAAGCUCAAUCCUAGUAUUAAAAUGCGGCUAUCUAUGGGACGACUCGCCGGAAUCUGAUAGACUUUUAACUGACGCCGACAGCGGUCACAGUACAGCACAUUCACCGACAGGGACGGACGGACCUAAAUCGAUGUCUCCAAUUUUGGGUAUUUCCCCUUCUGUCAUUGGAGGCGUUGUUUAUAACGACGUAGACAUGCUAGAAGCCACACAUAGAGCACUUCAUAAAUUUAUUCCAAGACACGAAGAUGAAAUAGAAAUUGAAAUCGGCGAUCCAAUCUACGUACAAAAGGAAGCUGACGAUCUUUGGUGUGAAGGAGUAAACUUAAGGACAGGUCGAAUGGGUAUUUUUCCUUCAGCUUAUGCUGUUGACUGUGAUUAUAGUGACUGGGAUACAUCCUGUGAACAUGGACGGCGAGAGCGUUAUCUAUUAGGUUAUAUUGGGUCAGUGGAAACGUUAGCCCAUAAGGGCACAUCGGUGGUGUGUCAGGCUGUUAGGAGAGUUAUUGGAAAUUCAGGAAAUGACCCGGAAUUACACCCUUGCACUUUAGAAGUUUCCGAUCAAGGUCUUCGAAUGGUAGAUAGGAGGAAAAGAAAUCAAAACGAACCCUGCAUAGACUACUUUUAUUCCUUGAAAAACGUAUCUUUUUGUGCAUUUCAUCCCCGUGACCAUCGCUAUUUAGGUUUUAUAACGAAACAUCCGACGUUACAGAGGUUUGCUUGUCAUGUGUUUAGAGGCCAAGAUUCAACUAGGCCUGUAGCUGAAGCUGUUGGUCGUGCCUUUCAAAGGUUCUACCAGAAGUUUAUCGAGACUGCUUAUCCAGUUGAAGAUAUUUACAUUGAGUAAAUGUGUUAGUGCAAUAAAUAAAUUCAUCUAUAAUAAUGUAUAUAUACUAUAAAACGCUGUCAUCAAUAAAGAAACUAUCUACUUUU